AUGGUGGAGAAUUGGCUAAGAUUCCUCGGAAGAGUCCACGUUAAUCCGCGGGUGAAUAAACCUUCUGCACCAAGUUCGCCAGUUUGUAAACGUGCUUUCGACGUUGUAUCCUACGGGACUGUUAGAUUACGACUACAGUCGGAAAUCAUUGAAGAGGUUGUCUACGAUCCUGCGGGACUGUUAGAUUACGAUUACGGACUUCCAGAGACGUACUACGGUAGUGUCCGAUUUUACGACUACGGUCGAUUGUGGCGAAGGUGUGCGGCGGUGGUGUCGACGGCGGGUAACGGCCCCAACAGGAUAGCCAACAAGUCGGUUUUCGAAGACUUGGACAACUCCGACUGUGAGAUGAGAGACGGCGACGACGAUGGCGAAAAUUCCGACUCCGGGGAUGGAGCUUCUUUCGUUGCUCCUCCUCUUGACUGUGACGAUGAAGACAGUGACUCUGACUUCUACGACGAAGACAAGGACGACGACAAGAAGGCCGAUCACAAGAAGGCCGAUGACAAGAAAGGAGACGACCCUAAAGGCGGCGACGAUGGCGGCAAAUCCUCCUCCGGCGAUGGAGCUCAUGCGAUUCCUCCUCCUCCUGCGAUUCCUCCUCCUAGCUGUGACGACGAAGACAGUGACGCCGAGUUCUACAUGGAAGACGAAGACGUCGACAAGAAGGACGGAGAGGCAGGCGAACCUGCAGCGAUUCGUGUUCUGCUGGAAUGGCGGGAGGGUGGGAACGAUGAUGACGAUGAUGACGAUGACGACGAUGAGAAAGACUCUCAUGAUGAUGACCAGAGUGGGCUAAGUAGAAGUGUGUCGGCUGCGGCUGUCGUUGGUCAACAGAGCAGUGCACUUCUUUGCCCUCGGGCCACCGGACCUGCCAAAGACACGGACGCAGACGGAAUGGAGUCACUUGUGGCUCUCUUUGCGAACCUUUCGGUGUCUGAUGAGAGAACCGACAAGGACGGGAUGGAGUCACUUGUGACUCGCUUCAAGAAGCUGUCAGUGUCUGGCAAGAGAGCUCAGGAUGCCGUGUUGGCUCCGGCUCCUCCCAAGGACACGGACGGGGUGGAGUCACUUGUGGGUCUGUUCGCGCACUGGUCGGUGUCUGACGGGACAACCGACAAGGACGGGAUGGAGUCACUUGUGGCUCGCUUCAAGAAGCUGUCCGUGUCUCGCAAGAGACGGCAGGAUAGUGUGUCGGCUCCGAGUCGUCGUGACGAAGUGGACUACGUUGGGCAGACGGCCUCUCUACUGGAUUCGCUCCAAGACCUCUCUACCGGAUUCGCUGCCAGGGACCUCUACUCGAUUCGCUCCCAGGGCUCUCUUCCUCUAUACUGCAUUUACUCCUAG